AUGAACGAAGUUUUGGAAAUUAUUGCACACUCAGUACCUGAAGAUACUAAAAAGAAAAACAGUGAAGCAAAUGAAAACAUUUCUGAUUGCGAAGACAAUAUUUCUACUACCAUUUCUGAGAUAUUAAUAUCCAAUUCUUUACCUACUAAUAAAUCUGGUUUAUCGUCUAAUAAAUCUACUUCAUCUGCAAGCUCCUCUACUUCAAAAAAAAGACAAACAUUUCUUGAUAAUU